UCCAAUAAUCCCUACUUUCGACAUUUACAUAUACUUAAAGAGACACAAUAACUACAAACUUAAUCAAAUGGAACUGCUGACCGAUGUAGCGCUCGAAUCCAAUCUUUGAAUCUAAUCCCAAUAAAACACAAUCCCACAUAAAAUGCAAUUUCAGAAUUAUAUCGAAAACUUUUACAAUAUUACUGUUUUGAUACACGAUACUAGAAGACAACAACUUAUUACAGGUGACUUUUAAUUCGAUUAAUUCAAUAAGAUAAAGUGUUUGUGGACUGUUAAUAAGUGUACACAUAAACGGAAAAACCAUCAAUCAUGCUGUUAACUUAUGGACCAGAGGAAAUGUCAUAAGGCCAAGAAGAACAAACGAACAAAAUGGCGGCUGGUUCUGCGGUGGCGAUGAUAGGUGCCAACCUGCGCUUCGGAAGUUCAGUUGCCAAUGCAAGUCUCAAUGCCACCAAGGUUUUCCAAUGUCAUCCUGGAGGGACCGCAGAAGCUGCGUUGAUAUUCGCCUUAGGAACGAUGGGAAUGGCCGCCAAUAUAGCGCUCAUGGGAGUUAUACUCGCCAACAGACAGCUCCGAAGGUGGUCUCAGGGCCUUCUCUUCCACCAAGGAGCCGUCGACUGCGCCCGAGCGGCGCUCCUCCUCCCUUUGGGAAUCUCAAUCCUCCACUGCCAGCCGGUGCAGAAAUGUUCCCUCGUGGAAACUGCCUUCCUCCUCCUGGUGACGGUCGCCACCGUCAACAUGCUGACCACUGUCCUCAACGACUCUCCCGUAUUCCCUGAAGACGACGAUUCUGACUCCCUCUCCGACGUGCCCCUCCUCAUGGACUCGCCUCAAUGCGUGCUCUUCGGCACUUUCAUGAUCUGGUUCGCGUCCAUCACCAUCAAUCUGGGCCCCACAUUCCUCUCUGGAGCGUUGGCGGCACAAGGCGAAGCCGGUCACAAAGCCCCCUCGUGUCCCCUCAUCCACGGCCCCUUGCGCCACUACAUCCUCAACGCGCUGUGGAUCGCCGUCAAUCUCGUGUGCGUGUUCUUGACCCUCUUCCACUUGAGGAAGCUGCACCGCGACCUCACCAAGGCCAACGUGGAGGCGGUGCGAGUAGCGGGCCUCGUCACCACACUGGUGAACGUGACAGGGGGCGGCGGGGCCGCCAACGGGGAGAGGGCUUCCGGCGCCCUCGAAGAGCACCGAAGGAUGCGAGAAUACCUCCGUCGAAUGGAACGCGACGGUGUCCAACGCGUUAAGAUGUUCCUCGUUAUAACAGCCGCCUACGUUCUUUUCUGGGGUCCACUCUUUUUCGUCACACUCGUCAACCACCCUAUCGUAGGCAACCCUCUCGGACACGAGAUAACGCUGCACAUAUCAUACGUUCAUGCCAUUGUCAACCCUACACUUUUUUUGGUAUUGCAUAGAGGGCUCAGAAGAGCAACUCUUGAUCUCUGUUGCGGAUGGAUUCCAUUGUGGUUGGGGAACCCCAAUGUACCCCCGCCCCCAGAUCCCCCCAGAACCGACAUAUCGCUGCUCAAACCGCCCCUGCCCGUACCAGCCCACCCUGAUAGCUCUAUGGUAAUUAAAUAUUAUAUGGAGACUCCGAUUUGAGUCCGUGGACUCCGGAGCCGGUAAACGGAGGAAUCCAAAUCCCGCAAUACAUCAGCCCGGAGCCGAGUUCACCACCCGAGAGUGACUAGCAUCCGGAUUGGGACAGAUCCACUCGGAUCUAAGUUAGUCGUCACGAGUCGUACAGUAAAAGACUGCAAUCGGAUUCUUGAAGAAUCAAAAGACUGCGAAAGUUUUGCGAAUUGUUUUCCCAAUUGUAACUUUUCUUAAUCUCAACCGAACUGUUUGAUUUUGUAAAACUUGAAAUGUAUACUGAAAAAGAAGAGAAAGUUUUGUGUAACUCCAAACAAAAUCCGCCUCUUUCAGGAAUUGAUAAUUUUAAGAGACAAUUCGAGACGAUUAGAUAAAAAAUAAAUGUUGGUGACUAGAUCAACUAUAUCAUUGUAAAAGAACACUGUCAAUGGGUACUAAAUAUUUUACUAAAACACUGAAGAACUGAUAUAUAAUUGUAACUAUCUCAAGUCUUUCUUGUAGGAUAGAGAAGCUGCAAUUCCUAAAAUCAAAGUCCCCAAAAAUUGCUCAAGGUUAGCUACAACAGAUGAAACUAGCCAAUUUUAGAAAUUGCAGUGCGAAUGUUACUUGUAGUAGAAUAGUAUUUAGGACCAGAGCUGCAAUCAAAUCCAUGUGAUUAGAUCGUAAAUGUCACAUAGAUCCACUAAGACACAUUUUUCUCCAUACUGAACUGUAAUAAAUGGGAAAUCUGUCGAGCACGAGCUUUAUCGUUUCAUGCCACUUUAAUGUUAUUCUAGACAUAUCCAGAAACGCUCUAUUUUCUCAUUUAUUCCAUCACUUUAUAUUUAUAGUAUUUGUGUAAUGUCAAUACUUAAUUUCCUGAUUCGUGAGCCGGAUUCUCAGCUGAAUAAAGCAAUAACACAAUUAUGUCCAAAUGUAUUCAGGUUAAAAAAUAACCACUAAAUAUGUGCCUAAAUGUAUAAAAAAUAAAUUUAAACAAUAAAUAUUUGCUUUUGUAUAUAAACGUGUUAUGUAAAUUACAACGAAAUUUAAUAACAGAUGUCUAAUUUACGAAAACAAAAUUGAA